UGAGGCAGAAACAAUCAUAAGGGUCUCUGCCAAACUUCCCAAGUUGAAGUCUUGAAAGCCUUGGAGACUGCUCCUCUCCCUUUCUCAGAGACCUGGGCUCUGCUAAACUUCCAAUCUUUCAGAGAGAGAGAGAGGGUUUAACUAUAACCCUCUUGUGUUUUAUUUGAAAAGGUGGUUUGGGUUAUUUUUCUGGCUGGUUUACCGUGGAGUUGGAGUUGAAGGGACUGAUGGUUUUUACAGCUUCAAAUUCCGUGCUCAUAAUCUGCAAAGAUGCAGCUGGAAUUGCAGGGAACAUCUUUGCUUUUGGGCUGUUUGUUUCACCAGCACACACAUUUAGAAGAAUAAUAAGAAACCAUGCCACUGAAGAGUUCUCAGGGCUCCCAUACAUAUAUGCCCUUUUGAACUGCUUGAUCUGCACGUGGUAUGGAUCACCUAUUGUAUCUUCUGAUAACAUAUUGGUUAUGACGGUCAAUUCAGUUGGUGCGGUGUUUCAAUUAGUGUACAUAACCCUCUUCAUAAUAUAUGCUGAGAAAUCAAAAAAGGUGAGGAUGCUGGGAUUGCUGGCAGCAGUUUGUGGUCUAAUUGCAAUCAUGGUCUUUGGGAGCUUGCAAAUUACUGAUGCUGCUACGCGCCGGCUAGUUGUUGGACUGCUUAGUUGUGCUUCUUUAAUAUCAAUGUUUGCGUCUCCUUUGUUUAUAAUUAACUUGGUGAUCCAGACACGGAGUGUUGAAUUUAUGCCAUUCUAUCUCUCCCUUUCCACCUUCCUAAUGAGCACCUCUUUCUUGCUUUAUGGAAUUUUUAAUUUUGAUCCCUUCGUUUAUGUCCCAAAUGGAGUAGGAACUAUUUUGGGGAUUGUACAAUUAGCGUUGUACUUUUAUUAUAAGGAUUCAUCUAAAGAGGACUCCAGAGAACCGUUGUUAGUUUCAUAUGAAUAAAUUAGUUCCAGCAACAAGAAGAGUGCAUGUGUUUUGACUUUGACGUGAGAACGAAUCUUAUCAAGUAGGCAAAACGAUUGAAGUGAAGAGUGGUGCUUGUUACCAACUUGAAAGCAAAAAGUAUGUUCUUCGGCCUUUCAAUCUCCUCUGCGUCUUGGGUCAUCCCCCUCCCACUCCCUCUCUCCUCGUCUUCUGUUGUUUAUGUAUGAAAGUGCAUCUAUGAGUAUCAUAGAUAUUUUGAAGAGUUUGUCACACCACUUUCCCCAUUUUUUAAUCUGUAGCAUUCAUGACUUGGUAUGACUUCUACGAUGGAAUUGUUUAAGAUCGUGAAAUCAACUUCCUUCCCAUCAUUCCUACAUCAACUUGAAACCUGUAAAGCCCUUUUUUAUAUGGCUUUAGCAGCUUCACUUUUGAUAUAUCUUAAGGAAAAGAACGGAAGAAGUCAAGGUCCGGAUGUGAAACACAUCCUGCCUCAAUGCAGUGCCGCGGUUUCAAUUCCACUUUCCUUUCUCAGCUUCUUUUUGUAUAUGUGAUUUGUGAUUGUGCCUGCCUGUUUCAGAAUCAAUCAUGAAAUACUUUACUCUU